CUGGCUCACUAAAAAGAGCCUGAAUGCCCAUCACUAGUAGGUAUGUAAGGUCGCUUCUUGUGGGUUUGUUUCUACAGACCUGGUUGCGCGUUUCUCUCGCGAGAUCUGGCAACACUCGUUUCUGAAGACACCGGACGGAGGAGGCCCAACUUUAUUUAGACCAGACAGGUGUGGAGGUGAAAGAAGAAGUGCAACACAACCGGUACAGGAGCAUCACAAAUCUGUUUUUGACCACCAGAGCGAACCUCUAGACUGGAUAUGGAUCCAAGAGCCAAGCCAGAGAGUAAAGAAGAGGAGUCAAGUGGAAGACCACGCCGAGAGAGGACGUCACCUGGUUAUCUCCAAGACUACCACACAGAACCGUACUACCAUGCCCUCAUGUGGAAUGGAGCAACCUGCCCUUCACCUCCAGAAACCACUCUGCUUAGAUACAUGGUGGAGAUGACUUACCGCUGUAAUCAGGAGCAUGAGAGGAAUGGAGAUGUAUCAUCUUCAGAUGAUGACUCUGUAAGCUUGUUGUGUGAUUGCAAUGCCUGGCAAAGCAGAGGGGCAGCUGAGGACAUGGAGAUCAGUGAUUUAGAUUCACAGUUUGGCAACAAAGAGCAGAGAAAGGAAGUGGAGAUGGAAAGAAAUCAAUUCAAACCACCCGAGCCAGGGAUAUCCAGCGGUACCCAGUCUGCAGCAGGCUGUGCUGGUUCUACAUCUCAAUCAGCAGCAAAGGUCUCACAAUGUGUGAAAAACCCCAACAAGAUGCAAAUUAACAAGAGAAAUGAAAAGGGAGAGACUCUUCUGCACAGAGCAUGCAAGAGAGAAGAUCUGGCACGAGUCAAAGUGCUCAUUCAAGCUGGGAUCAGCGUCAACAUGGAGGAUUAUGCAGGCUGGACAGCUCUCCACGAGGCUUGUGUUGCCGGUGACGAGGCCGUGGUCGAGGAGCUGUUGAAGGCUGGAGCUAAUGUUAAUGCCAGAAGCUCUGAUGGUGUCACACCCCUACAUGAUGCCGUUGCCGUUGGACACUAUCAGGUCGUGAAGCUUCUCCUCCAGCAUGGUUCAAACGCCAGUGACAGGACUGUCGGUGGCCUCAGCGCACUGGACAUGGCACCGGAGCAGAAUAUCAAAGAGCUGCUCUCUUUCCGACUAUCUUCUGUCCCACAUGAGCAGCCUUGUGAGGCACCUGCACAAUGCAGACAACCAGGUGACACAUCUUCAGAGGUUCACUGCCAGAGCAGCUUACGGCCCAGCUGCAGUGAUUCGGCAAAUGUACAAUCCAGAGAGUCAGGUGACAGAGACGGAGCCAGAGAGCCUGGUGACAUUCAGCUGAGGAAGAAAGACACCACCACGGAUAAUCUGAGUCAUUCAGAGGCCAUACCAGUGGUUUUGGAAGAGGUGGGGAGGAAACAAACAGAGAUAUUGACUUGGCCUCUGACAGGUCCGGAGGAUGCAGACAGAUAUCAAGCUGCUCUAACACAGAUCCAGAUUGUGCUGGUUGAGGUGCUCAGCAAACAGCUUUUGGAGAAGGACAAUCUUGCCCAAAAAUACCGGAGCGUGCCCGACUUCUUUCGGCAAUGUGUAUUGAAAAGUCAUCUCGUCUCCCUCGCUUCACGUCAGAGGACCUUUGUGGCGAUCCUCCAGAAGCAGACACAUUUGGUAGAGGUGUAUGUAAACAUGAAGGCCAAAUUUUCCCCUCAGCCUCCCAACCAUCAGGACAGUACAGUAAUGAGACAGCAGUCGGAUCACUGUUACGCUCUGGCUUCCACGCCAGCCUCUUCUAAAGCUAGAGAAGCACACAGCUGUAAUCAAAGACAGGAAAACCACAGACCAGUUAAACAGACCAGUCUCUUACGAUCGGCACCUCCAAACAAUGUCACGGGCCGUACAGUGCCCAGGCCUCCUGCUCCUCCACUGGCCCAGGGGAAAAAGGCUGCCACACACACUGAUGUGCUGAAUAAGAAAGCCAGCAGCUGUCAGAGCAGCACUCCACAACCAGGAAAUACUUUACAACACAUCAACUUCCAGAUGAAAGGAAAUAAUACUCUGAUACAGACACGAGCUGAAGACACCAGCACACAUCUCUCUCAGCUCGUACAGAGGGGAGUCACGCCGUCUGGAAGUGCUCUACAGCUACUGUUGAAGGGUCACUGGCACCUUGCUCAUGUGCUGGCUGAUGGCUCGAUAAAGGACAGCAAAGGCAAGUUGCACCGGGCUCCAGAAUGCUGGCUGGAGUCUAUCCUUGGUAACAACAUCCCCGUCAGCUCAGCGUACGCCUGGGACAAGGUGACGUUCAGAGACAAACCUUUGUCUCAUUACUUAUUGAACACGGAGGCAGGAGGAAAGAAACCAGGGACUCAUCCUGAGGACGAGGGUCAACACAUGGCUGGUUCUUCUCAGGAGGCGCUGACCACAGAGGCAGCCAGCUUGAGACGUCUAAUGAAAAUCAAGAUAAUCCACCUGGUGGGUGAUGACGAAAUGCUGCCAAACGCUAUAAUGGACUGUUACUGGGAGAAGCUCUUGAUGAAAGACUACUCAGAGUCUGAAGACUGGGGGGGUGAAUUAUUAUAAUCAUCUCUACCCACAUUUGUCCGUAGCUGUUUUUGUUUUCAUUAUUUAACUUGAUGAGUUUUACUUCUUCACUUAUUUUAUGAUCAGUUUACUGUACUCAUUGUGGGCACCAUGUGACAUACUUCAGAUUUUGUGUUGUAACUGUUCAGACUAAAAUGUGUGUAAACUCCAUUUAGCAGGUUGUAGUUUCACACUAUAGCUCUAAACACUAAUUUCAGUCUUCCCCAUUUAAUUAAAGUUUAGGUGCUUGCAUCUUUAACUGCAUUAAACCAACACAAUAAAGAUAAUACAGUUUA